AUGGAAUAUCUCGGCGCGCUCCAGUCGCCUGUCGACGAACUCAAGCCGUCUCUGUUCGAACUGCUCUCUGAACAACAACUUGCAGCCCUUCUCCCACCGACAUUGCGAUACCUCCUUGCAGUUGCCACCCACAGAUAUCCACGUUAUCUCCUUCGGAUCCUGAACAAUUACGAUGAAGUCUACGCCGUUCUUAGUCUGGUGGUGGAGAAAUAUUACCUCCAAACAUUCGGCGGUAGUUUUACAGAGAAUUUCUAUGGCUUGAAAAGAGAAAAGGUCUUGAGUAUCAAUGGGGGGGAGAUCAAGAGAACGCAAUUGGCUGUGCCGGAGGAGGUUCGUGAAAGACUCAAAUUGAGCGGCACAGACAUCUGGAAGAAUUUGGUCGUGCUUGUCGGCAUACCUUAUCUAAAGAGAAAGUUGGAUGAGAGCUACGACAUUCAUAUUGCCCCGAGUGCGAGUCUGCUCAUGAGCGGCAGUCUCGGGGGUCCGAGAUACUUGAACCGAGACUCUCUUCCACCGAAUCCGACGAUUCAGCAAAGGCUCCUGUGGUAUUAUAAAUGGUUUUUGCGGAACGUCUAUCCGAGUUUGAAUGCGGCAUACUAUUUCAGUAUAUUAGUUUUCAGCUUGGGAUAUCUGUUUGAUGGAACGAAAUAUCCCAAUCCGUUCCUAUGGGCGAUUGGGACCAGAAUACGAAGGAUGGGAGCGGCCGAUUAUCGAGCCAUCGAUGCAGCGAGAGAAGCCGCCGACAAAGCCGCCACGGCUGCCGGAAGACCUGGUCAGGGACUAAGUGGCUUGCUCAAUCCGCGAACUGCUUACCCACGAUUGUUGUCCAGCCUCAGGAUUUUCCUCCCGGCAAGUAUAUUUGCAUUGAAGUUCUUGGAGUGGUGGCAUGCGAGCGACUUCUCUCGUCAACUGAGCAGGAAAGCAGCCGAAGGAUUGGAAUUACCGCCACCGAUCGUGUCGGGGAUGGGUGUCGCUCAGAAACCUGCGCCGAAGCCAGAUUCUUCAAGCAAGACCGCAAACACCGCUGCGAAACGGAGCCCACCCAUCUCAAGCAUAACAUAUCUCCCAAUUUUGACGGUUGCACCUCCACCAUCGAGCGACUUAUGUCCUAUUUGUCUUCAUCCAAUUUCGACUCCUGCUGCGUGUCAAACGGGAUAUGUUUUUGACUAUAAGUGCAUUUUCCAGUGGAUUGAGGGUUCUCAUGAAAGACAAGAAGCGUUUAUGAAAGGAGAGAAAAUGAGCGAAUGGGAGGAUGAGGAGGAAGAGGGGAAACCCGACGGUUCAAAAAGCAAAGAACGAAAGAGCCGUGAAGGUAGCUGGGAAAGUGGAAAAGGUCGCUGUGCGGUCACCGGUCGACGAGUCCUGGGCGGGACAAGUGGCCUUCGCAGAAUCAUGGUGUGA